GGGGCGUGUAUCCUUGCGCCGCUGUGCACGGGAGGCGGAGGCGGCGGCUGGCCGAGGAGUUGGAUGGGGGAAUUGCAGCCGCCUUUGCACGGCGGCGGUGGCGGCAGCAUGAGCAUGGAGGGGAGCGUUUGCGCGGCUGGUGCAAAGAGGCCAGGCGCCUGCUAGAGCCAGACAGCGGGAGGGGACGGACCUGCAGCUGCUCCCCCCCGCCUGGAAGUAUGAACUGGCAGCAGAGCUGCUGCUGCUGCUCUCCCCCGCCAGCGCCGCCGCCGCCCCCCCGCCGGUGAGCGAGCAGAGACGGAAGAUGGGGCCCGGGCUCCGGAGCCUACUUCUCUGCAGUUUCUGCGCCCUGAUGCGAGCUGCACCGCUGCUGCUGUAUGCAAACCGACGUGAUCUGCGAUUGGUGGAUGCUGCAAAUGGGAAAGAAAAUGCUACAGUUGUAGUGGGUGGUUUGGAAGAUGCAGCCGCAGUGGACUUUGUGUUUUUCCGGGGGUUGAUAUACUGGAGUGAUGUAAGCGAAGAAGCCAUUAAGCGAACAGAAUUUAACAAAACUGGGAGUGUACAGAAUGUGGUCAUUUCUGGGCUUUUGUCACCUGACGGUUUGGCAUGUGAUUGGCUGGGAGAGAAACUAUACUGGACGGAUUCUGAAACAAAUCGGAUUGAAGUUUCCAAUUUAGAUGGAUCUUUGAGAAAAGUUUUAUUUUGGCAAGAAUUGGAUCAGCCCAGAGCAAUAGCCUUAGAUCCUGCAAGAGGGUUCAUGUAUUGGACAGAUUGGGGAGAAGUGCCAAAGAUAGAACGUGCUGGGAUGGAUGGUUCAAGCCGCUCCGUUAUAAUAAACACAGACAUUUACUGGCCAAAUGGAUUGACUUUGGAUUAUGAGGAAUGGAAGCUUUAUUGGGCAGAUGCUAAACUGAACUUCAUCCACAAAUCAAACUUGGAUGGAACUCAUCGGCAAGCAGUGGUUAAAGGAUCCCUUCCACACCCUUUUGCUUUGACAUUGUUUGGGGACACAUUGUACUGGACUGACUGGAACACUCAUUCUGUCUUGGCCUGCAACAAGUACUCUGGGGAGGACCUGCGUGAAAUACAUUCCAACAUUUUCUCUCCCAUGGAUAUCCAUGUUUUCAGCCAACGGAGGCAGCCAAAUGCUACAAACCCAUGUGGAAGUAAUAAUGGUGGCUGCUCCCACUUGUGUUUGAUGUCUCCUAUCAAGCCUUCUUAUCAGUGUGCUUGUCCCACUGGUGUGAAACUCCUUGAGAAUGGAAAGACCUGCAAAGAUGGUGCCACCGAGUUACUGCUCCUAGCCCGCAGGACGGACUUGAGGCGCAUUUCCUUGGAUACCCCAGAUUUUACAGACAUUGUCUUGCAGCUGGAGGACAUCCGCCAUGCCAUUGCUAUUGACUAUGAUCCCGUGGAAGGAUACAUCUAUUGGACUGAUGAUGAGGUGAGGGCCAUUCGCCGCUCUUUCAUAGAUGGCUCAGCUAGUCAGUUCAUUGUCACAGCACAGAUUGCGCAUCCUGAUGGCAUUGCUGUGGACUGGGUUGCCCGAAACCUUUAUUGGACGGACACCGGUACUGACCGCAUAGAGGUGACAAGACUUAACGGGACUAUGAGAAAGAUCUUGAUAUCAGAAGACUUGGAAGAACCGAGAGCAAUCGUAUUGGAUCCCAUGGUUGGAUACAUGUAUUGGACUGACUGGGGAGAAAUUCCAAAGAUUGAGAGGGCUGCAUUAGAUGGGUCAGACAGAGUUGUGCUGGUGAAUACUUCACUUGGCUGGCCAAAUGGGCUGGCCCUGGAUUAUGCAGAAAGCAAAAUAUAUUGGGGAGAUGCGAAAACAGACAAAAUUGAGGUCAUGAAUGCAGAUGGCAGUAGCAGGAGAGUUCUGGUGGAGGACAAGCUGCCUCACAUCUUUGGAUUCACUUUGCUGGGAGAUUACAUCUAUUGGACCGACUGGCAAAGGCGUAGCAUUGAGCGAGUGCAUAAGCGUACAGCAGAAAGAGAAAUCAUCAUAGACCAACUUCCUGACCUCAUGGGCCUGAAAGCCACUAAUGUCCAUCAGAUCACUGGUGCAAACCCUUGUGCAGAGGACAAUGGUGGUUGCAGCCAUCUCUGUCUGUACAGACCUCAGGGUCCUCGCUGUGCCUGUCCCAUAGGCUUGGAGCUGAUCAGUGAUAUGAGGACUUGCAUUGUCCCAGAAGCUUUCCUGCUCUUUUCUCGGAGAGCAGAUAUCAGGCGAAUCUCUUUGGAAACCAACAACAACAAUGUUGCCAUCCCACUUACGGGAGUCAAAGAAGCGUCUGCUCUGGAUUUUGAUGUGACAGACAAUCGGAUUUACUGGACAGAUAUCUCGCUGAAGACUAUCAGCAGGGCAUUUAUGAACGGCAGUGCACUCGAACAUGUGGUGGAGUUUGGCUUGGAUUACCCAGAAGGCAUGGCAGUAGACUGGCUAGGGAAGAACCUGUAUUGGGCCGAUACUGGAACAAAUCGUAUUGAAGUGUCAAAGCUGGAUGGACAACAUCGUCAAGUAUUGGUGUGGAAGGAUCUGGACAGCCCCCGAGCAUUGGCAUUAGACCCUGCUGAAGGGUUUAUGUACUGGACUGAGUGGGGUGGGAAGCCCAAGAUUGACCGAGCUGCCAUGGAUGGAAGUGAACGUACUACUUUGGUACCAAACGUGGGACGAGCUAAUGGGCUAACAAUUGAUUAUGCUAAAAGAAGACUUUACUGGACAGAUCUGGAUACCAACUUAAUAGAAUCUUCAAAUAUGCUAGGCCUUGACCGUGAGGUUAUAGCAGAUGACUUGCCUCACCCGUUUGGCUUGACUCAAUACCAGGAUUACAUCUAUUGGACAGAUUGGAGCCGGCGCAGCAUUGAGCGAGCCAACAAGACCAGUGGCCAGAACCGGACCAUCAUCCAAGGCCACUUGGAUUAUGUGAUGGAUAUCCUGGUCUUCCAUUCUUCAAGGCAGGCAGGCUGGAAUGAAUGGUGCAUAGCAAACGGGCACUGCUCCCAUCUCUGCUUGGCAGUGCCAGUUGAUGGUUUUGUGUGUGGAUGCCCAGCUCACUAUUCCUUGAAUUCUGAUAACAGGACCUGUAGUGCUCCUACGACUUUCCUGUUGUUCAGUCAGAAGAAUGCAAUUAAUCGCAUGGUGAUAGAUGAGCAACAGAGUCCAGACAUCAUACUCCCUAUCCACAGUCUCAGGAACGUCCGGGCCAUCGAUUAUGACCCCCUAGAUAAGCAGCUUUAUUGGAUUGACUCUCGGCAGAACAUUAUCCGGAAGGCACAAGAAGAUGGCAGCCAGCCUUACGGUGUGACGAGUCCGGUUCCCACGAACCUGGACAUGCAGCCCUAUGAUCUGAGCAUUGAUAUCUACAGCCGCUACAUCUACUGGACUUGUGAAGCCACUAAUGUGAUUAAUGUGACACGCUUGGAUGGGAGACCAAUAGGCGUGGUGCUAAAAGGAGAAGACGACAGGCCCCGGGCCAUUGUGGUGAAUCCAGAGAAAGGGUACAUGUAUUUCACUAAUCUGCAUAGAAAGGUCACCCAAAAUCGAGAGGCAGCACUGGAUGGAACUGAACGGGAGAUUCUCUUUUUCAGCUUGAGUAAACCUAUAGCCCUGGCCCUUGACAGCCAACGAGCAAAGUUAUUCUGGGCUGAUUCAGAGCCGAGAAUUGAGAGCAGUGCCCUUUCAGGGGCGAAUCGAAUAGUUUUAGAAGACUCCAAUAUCUUGCAACCCGUUGGGCUGACAGUAUUUGAAAACUGGCUGUACUGGAUUGACAAGCAACAGCAAAUGAUUGAAAAAAUUGACAUGACUGGUCGAGAAAGACGUACAAAAGUCCAGGCUCGUAUUGCACAGCUCAGCGACAUACAUGCAGUUAAAGAACUAAACAUCCAGGAAUACAGACAGCAUCCUUGUUCUCAAGAUAAUGGCGGGUGUUCACACAUUUGUAUUGUGAAGGGUGAUGGUACAACCAGGUGUUCUUGUCCAGUGCACCUUGUUCUGCUUCAGGAUGAGCUAUCCUGUGGGGAACCCCCAACAUGCUCCCCUCAGCAGUUCACCUGUUUCACGGGGGAGAUUGACUGCAUCCCAGUGGCCUGGCGCUGUGAUGGAUUCACUGAAUGCGAAGACCAUAGUGAUGAAAAGAACUGCCCUGUCUGUUCAGACUCCCAGUUCCAGUGUGAAAGUGGACAGUGCAUAGACAGCACCCUCCGGUGCAAUGGAGAGGCAAAUUGCCAGGACAACUCAGAUGAGAAGAACUGUGAAGUGCUUUGUUUAACCGAUCAGUUCCGCUGCACCAGUGGCCAGUGCAUUGGGAAAAACAAGAAAUGUGAUCACAACUUGGACUGCAGUGACAGCUCAGAUGAGCAAGGAUGCUACACAACAGAGGAGCCAGCUCCACAAGCCAACAAUACCAUAGGUUCGAUCAUUGGAGUGAUCCUCACCGUUUUUGUGGUUGGAGCAAUGUACUUUAUCUGCCAGAGGGUGCUGUGCCCACGCAUGAAGGGGGAUGGGGAAACAAUGACUAAUGACUAUGUGGUGCAUGGACCAGCUUCCGUACCACUUGGUUAUGUGCCUCACCCAAGCUCUCUGUCAGGGUCUCUCCCAGGAAUGUCUCGUAAAUCUGUGAUCAGCUCCCUCAGCAUUAUGGCCGGAAGUAGCGGGCCUCCCUACGACAGAGCCCAUGUCACGGGGGCAUCCUCCAGUAGUUCUUCGAGUACCAAGGGCACUUACUUCCCUCCAAUUUUGAACCCUCCACCAUCACCAGCUACUGAACGCUCACAUUACACCAUGGAAUUUGGUUAUUCUUCAAAUAGUCCUUCCACUCAUAGAUCCUACAGCUACAGACCAUACAGCUACCGGCAUUUUGCACCUCCCACCACACCCUGCAGCACAGAUGUUUGUGACAGCGACUACGCCCCCAGCCGGCGGGUCACGACAGCAGUGACUAAGGGCUACACCAGUGACUUGAACUAUGAUUCCGAGCCUGUGCCCCCUCCACCGACGCCAAGGAGCCAGUACCUCUCGGCGGAGGAGAACUAUGAAAGCUGUCCGCCCUCCCCGUACACAGAACGGAGCUAUUCCCAUCACCUCUACCCACCGCCUCCGUCCCCCUGCACGGACUCCUCAUGAGGGCCCCUCCACCCCCUUCCUUAACUGCCUCCACUACAAAAGUGUAAAUAUAAAUUGUCCGUACCAGGGAGGGGGGAGGGAGCUAUUGGAGAGGGAGGAGGCAGGACAGUGUACAGUUAAAAGUUAUGAAAUGGGGUGGGGAAUACUGGAGAUAUUUGUACAGAAGAAAAAAGGAUAUUUAUAUAUUUUCUUAAACAGCAUCUGCUGCUUGUGCCAUAAGAAGAAAUUUUUGUAUAAAAGAAUAGAAAUUUGUACAAAAUUUUUAUUUUUGCAAAUGGAACAAAAAAUCAUGCCUUAAUCCAGUGAAGUGACCGAGCACAUGAGAAAAUGGAAGGACCAGGACGCGUCACUGUCCAGUGAGGCAAAAUGUGGGGUUCAUCAAUACCAAAAAAUUUUUAAAAUAAUAAAAAAAGAAGUCCGUCUCAGAGCAGCAUACCAUAGAUACUUGGAAGUAGCCAAAUAACCUCUACUUUAACUAUGGAGGGCCAGCAGUGAAAGUUAAACUUGAAGAAACAGUCAGGACAGAUAUUAACCAUACACAAAGGGCUUUAUGUUUUCUACAGGAAUACAGUAAUCAUAGCAGUGAAUAUAUAUGUUAUGAUAUUUUAUUAUAUAUAUGUGUGUGUGUACAAAUAUAAUGAAAUAUUAGAAUAUAUUGUCACACACUUUUUAAAAAUUAAAAUCAUCUACAUUUUUUUGCGUACAUUUGCAUCACUCCCCCCAUUUUUAAACUUUCUCCAUUGCUGUAAGUUCAAUACUUUUGUUGGGUACACUUCUAAAAAUGUCUUUAAUUUUUUUUUCAUUUUCCACCCCUGCUUUUCCCCCAGAGCCAUUUUGUUAAAUCAGAUUUCCUUGUUUAAAGUACUUCUUGAAUUGAGUUAAUGAAAAUUCAUCCUCUGCUUUUUUUAUUAGCCUUGUCUUGCAGUGCCAUGUUAUGUUUUGGGUUUCUUUAUUCAGCUAAUGUUGUGGGAUUCCAUUUUGUACUAAGUCAGCCCAAUUCUCAUGUAAUUGACAAUGGUAAUAUACAUAUACCUGAAUCAUUUUAGUCCCUUAAAAAUUGUUUUGAUUUAGUGCCCACAAAAUGUCAAAUAUUUUUAUACCACAUAUAAUAUAGACAACAUAUUUAUAAACUAUAAAUUUAACCAUAAAUUGCUAGUUUUACUGUAAAUGAAUCCUGUAUCCUUGCAAUACUUUCAGUGUAUAGUUAAUAUCGCAGUAUACAAAUCAUUUAUAUAUAUAUUUAUAUUAUUUGCUAGUAAGAAAGCAUUUAAACAUUGUCAAGGGGGGAUUGGGACACAAUCUAUAAGAAAUGGAAUUUUGAUCAUUAGAAAUGUUUCCCCUGCUGUAUUAACUGUUCAUACUGUGUUCGUGUUAGGUAAGCCGGUCUUCUCAGUAUGAUUUCUACAUACCUCCUCUUUUGCGUGGCAUGCAUUUAAUACUUUAGUAUUAACCACUGUGAAUGUCAAAUUUUAAGAUAUUCUUAACCAAAUCAUUUUAUAGUAGCAUCCUAUAUUUUAUCUCCUUAGCUCCUUUGGCAAUUAGAAAGGGAUAGUAUGCAUUCAUUUUAAAAACAGUUUGCAUGAACUAAAGGGCAACGUACGAUCUUCUUAACUCUUCCUGACUCCUGUGCAGUGUUUGAGUUCAACAGUCUGAACUAGCGGAGCUCACAGUGGAUCUGAUCUUGGGAUGUGUUACCAGUCUGCUAUUCCCAUUGACUUUAAAUGGAGUUCCAGGAGCCACUCCAAAGAUCAGAUCCUAAAUCUUACCUCUCCUCACAAAGGAUACUGAGGGACUCCUGCAUUGAAGUACUAGGGCUCAGCAUUGGUGUGAUAACUCUUCAUAAGGGACAGAGGGGUUUACUGCUCUGUUACAGUCAGUUUCUACCAAGAGAUGCAGGCUAAAAAUAUUCUAGUUUUAAAUCCCCUACUUUUCAUGAAGUUUUGAGUGAUUCUUGCCCAUGCUGCAUUUCAGCUUGACUAUUGGAGCCUCUCUCAGUUUCAGCUCUAAGGGAAACCAUGAAGUUUGGAGUUCUCGCUGUACCUUUCUAAUAAUUGAAGAUACUCAAGAAAGCUUUCGAGCAAAGUAUUUUAAAAAAAUUCUAAAUGAUCCUCAGACGAUUGGAAUUGACCAUUGGGUCAGGUGCACUAACUUUUGCAUAAAUAUUAACCCAGCUGAUACCUUGAGCUUUAUUCUAGGUACCUAGGAAUUUUGGUAGCUAUUCCUUUGGCUCUUCCUGUUGGUGAAGAAACUUGCUUGUGGUCUCCAGUAGGAUGGAUAUUGGAAGGUAUUGUGAGCUAUAAAGGGAAAUCCAAUCCAUUUAUAUGAAGAGCGGGAGAGUGUGAGCAGAGGCUGGGGUGCUGAUCAGAAUUGAGACUUCUACAUUGUUUACAUUUUUAAAUGUGCAGCAUUCCGUGUGGGGUUCACAUGUGGAAACUUGCAUUAAUGAACUCAGAAGAAUAUUGCAUUGUUGUAUCUCAGUCCAAGUGCUUGUACUGCGAUGUCAAUGGUCUCUACUUGCAGAACGCUUCAGUGUGCCAAUUUGUUUGUUUGAAAAACUCUGAGGUGGUUCAACUUAAGCUGUGGUAUCCUCUUACGGGGAGAGUCAGACUGUCUUUUUACAAGGACUUUCUGCAGAUAAUAUAUGCUUGUUUAAACUAGACUACUGGAGGGAUUUGUUUCAGAAGAAUUAGAUCUCUGUCUUUGGACAGUAAUGCCCAGAUUUUGUACUCACACCCAGAUACAACUCCACUGAAGUCAAUGGCGGGGUGGGGUGCAGGGGAGAACAUAAGGCAAUGUGGAAUUUGACCAAAUAUAUUAGAACUGUGUAUCUAAUUGUGCGCAGCAUGUACUUAAAUAAGCUGCUGCUGCUUUUAUUUUAAGGAUGGGAGGAAAACUGUCAGAUGGUGAAGACCAGUUGGGGAGGUGAGCUCUUUUCUUGUUCUGAUUUACCAAAGAAUUUUGGUGGGAAAGUUGAGACCUACAUUUGCAAUCAUUUACAUGAAUCUAAAGUGGAAAUCUUAAAUUGAUUUAAGAUUAAGGAAGUUCCCAUUUAAGUAGCUGUCCAUGUACUUAACAUCACCACAACUAGCAUCCUUGUUGGAAGAUUCCUGGUGGAUAAGCCAAGGACUGAAUUGACAGAGAGACUGAACAAUCUCUCUCCUCCUUUCCCAUCAAACCAGACCUGGCUUGUGCUGUCUCUAUCCCGCAUAAGGAAGUAUGCGCUUCGCUACUUUGAAAUUGACUGAGAAAUGAAGUUUUAAGUCCACUGCACAUUGGCUUCAAGUCAGCAAGGUACUUCAAUGCUGAAAGUUAAGCAUGCACAUAAGUAGUGCCAUUGACAUGCACGCUUAAAAUUAGGCACUCUUGAGUACCUUCCUGAAUCAGAGCCAUAUACAGUGAGACAUUUUUCUCAAGUGCCCCAGGUGUAAUUUAUCCUGUCUAUGCAUCAGAAUGUCUGUAGCUGAAUAUCUGCACAUGGAAAUAAAUCCACCUUGUUGAAUUGGAGGCAGCAGGGAAAGGCAUAGCUUUUUAAAAACCACAUAGCCCAUUUCAGUAAACAUGAGUAUAGGUUUCCCUAGGUGUACAUUCUGGUCACUAGACUUAUAUCUGUAGCUUUGCAUGUUUGAAUUACACAGUGAUUCAAACAGAAAUGUGGUUCUCCAGAUGUGCACCCACCAUAUCCUUUUGCACGUUAAAAGGAACAUGCAUGGAGUUUUUUUUCAUAUUUUUAAAUGCCAGGAGAUUUAUAUGCAAAGAACUAUUUUGAUGGAACUUUUUAAUUUUAUUUUCUAAAGGUAGCAUUUAAAAAUCUUAAAAUUCUAGUUUCCAUGAAUCCAAAAUUCAGCCAAGCUGCCUACUUACAUACAUAUUAAAGCAUUAAAUGAAACUCGGUAAUACAGAAUUUGCAGUUGAACCAAUUUAUACCAAAGGAUUAGAUUUGCUGGGGGAACUGUAAUUUACAGUUUCAUGUGUUCUAAAUCCCAAACACACGGAGCUUUGCUAAUGUGAAGAUGCCUGAUCUAUAGAGCCAAUAGAGAGUUCUUCUCCACUCCCACCAAUAAUAAUUAAUAAUCCAGAAGGCUCACCCCGCCUCUCUGAACAGAGGUAAUGGCAGCUUGUAGUGUUCUCAUAUUACCUAGACUUCAUUGCAUCUACAAAACACAUUGCAGAACAUUAACUACUAUAUCUACAAGAAACUAUAGGAAAAAUAUCCAUUAUGUGAUAUAUUAUCAUUAGUUUGAUAAUUAAUGCAUAUUAGUAAGAAUUUUCUAUGUAUUUUACAGCUACAUGGAAAUCAGUCUGUCAGAUCUCGCUUACUGAUAAAUGAAAGUAUACUUUUAAGCUGCUUGGUGCCAGCAGAUAUUACACUCUAUUGCUGGCACAUGAAGGGAAAUGGAGAAUAUCUCAUUUCCUGCAUUGUUGGGCUUUGGUGAUGAUCUGGUUUCCAAGUUGUACAUUACCGCUACCUUUAUGAUGAAUGCUUUCUAUCAAUGCCUCCAUUGCAUUAAUUACACACCCAAACUGAGUUCUGCCUUAUGGCCUUUUUGCCCCCCUUCUUUGAAUGUGUCCAAAUUUUGUUGAAAGGCAACUAUCAUGAGUAUUUCCAGUCUUAUCAGCGUGAUAAACAUUACCUCAAUGAAUUUUAAGUUUUCCUAAAAUUCCUGGGUCAGGAAUUUUAGGAAAAAAACUUCAGGACCAGACUUCAAAGAGAAACUGCUGAGCUUCAGUUCAUCUGCAAAUUUGA